UGUCAGAAAACCAUAGAAGGAAUUAGAGGAGAAAAAGAAACAGUUGGCUUUCUGUUCACAAACAAGGUUACACAUUCAUCUUAAAGGUGGCCAAUUUCAUAAUGUUGGCUGUGAGGAACCCCAGUUUAAUUUUGAUAUGAGCAAAUGGAGGAAACUCUGCAGCAGAUCAUGGAGUUAGGACCCUUUUGUCCCCUUUCAAUCUGACAACUGUAAGAGACAUGGAGAAGGAAGAGAUGGAUGAUGAGGAGGUUUGUGAUGGUGGUUUUGUCUCGGAGGCCAGUUUUACUCAGCAGCAGGCUGGAGAGAAUGAUGAGUGCACACAGGAGGAUAAUACGGCUCACUUCAACUUUCAGGAAACUCCAGUUAUUGACCCUGGAACUGGUGACGUAGAGUCAUGUGAAUCCAUGGAAGCUAAAGAGGACACAGAAGAGGUUUCAGAGGGAUUUGAACAAGACUUGGAUCAUGAGAACCCACAGCUUAUAAAUCAAGAAGAAGAUGAAGCUGCCAAGGAGCAACAGAUGAACGGAGAGUCCGGCUGGAGGGCGCUGGGAGGUGGACGGAGGUGCAAGUUGAGGAGCGGCGGCUCUCUGUUCGAGCAGAGCUUUCAGAAAGGCACCAUCCCGUCCAGCGGAAGUCGGCACAAGCAGACUCGCAGACGCAACCAUCACCACCAUCAGCAGAGCCGCGGUCGCAGGCGGACGGGAAAGCAACUUUUCUUUGCUUUCAGAGAGAUGCUGUCAGAGUCCCUGAGCGUCUGGUGCAUUUCCUGCGUCCACAUGCUGAUUGAGAUUAUUGUGACAUUAACUCACAACUGUGGAGUGGGAGUGGAAAUGGGGGUCUUGAAACUUUACAACUGCGGGAAAAAGAUUAUUGUUAAGAUCACCGAUCUGCCUGGAAUGAAAGCAGACUUUAGCCGGGUUUUGAAGCAGAUGAAAUGCGCUGGAGCAGUCCUUUUGGACAAAACUGUAAGGACUCUUAAGUGGAUAAAGUCAUCCGUCUCCUCUUGCUUCAGACUAUUCUGCGCUUUAGUAAUUUUCAGUUUCCAGUGGGUGAAGGGGUUGCUGCUGCGUGUUGGUGGUGAGCGGGGUAAACGCUAUUGGACGGCUUUUCUUGAGUCGCGGGUCUGGAAGAGGCUGGUGUCUGUGCUGGAGAGAGUCCAGAGCUGGUUCAGGAAGUAUCGCAACACACCGUCAUCGCCAUCGUCGCCCGGCAGAGCCGGAAGAGGGGAACCAAUUCAGGAACUGGAGCGACUGCUGGCGCUGGCCGAGGUGCCAGAGGGGGAGCUUGACCCCUUCACGGUCCUGGGCGUGGAGGUGCAUGCCACAGAGACCGAGCUGAAGAAGGCCUACAGACAGCUGGCUGUCCAGGUCCAUCCAGACAAGAACAAACAUCCGCGAGCAGGAGAGGCGUUCAAGGUUCUGAGGGCAGCCUGGGAUAUUGUCAGCAACCCUGAGACACGACGAGAGUAUGAGCUGAAGCGCAUGGCAGCAACCGAGCUCUCAAAGUCCAUGAACGAGUUUCUCACUAAACUGCAGGAUGACCUGAAGGAAGCCAUGAACACCAUGAUGUGCACAAAGUGUGAAGGCAAGCACAAGCGGUUCGAGAUGGAUCGAGAUCCUGCUGAAGCCCGCUUCUGUGCUGAAUGCAGCCGUUGCCAUAGCGCCGAGGAGGGAGACCUGUGGGCCGAGUCCAGCAUGUUGGGCUUACGCAUCACGUACUUUGCUUGUAUGGAAGGGAAAGUGUAUGAUAUUACAGAGUGGGCAGGUUGCCAAAGAAUAAGCAUUUCCCCCGAUACCCACCGCGUCCCGUACCACAUCUCGUUUGGUUCAAAGAACAACAGCAGCGCCACACGACACAGGAGCCCCUCGGAGCACGCCACCGGCCCUUCAAACCCGGCUGACUUGCAGGACUUCUUCAACAGAAUGUUCAAGGGUGGACCGCCGAAUGACAUGGCUGCCAACGGCGGGGGCUUCUUUCCCUCAGGUCCGCCCCAUCACCACCCGGCCGGUGCUGGAGGUGCCCCUUUCUCCCCUCCCCCGGGUCAGACAGGUUUCUACAUGCCGGGGGGCCUUCGGCCAGAUUCCAGCGAGACGUGGCCCGACGGCGGCAAACCCCCCCGGAGGAGAAAGAAGGUCCGAAAACCCUUCCAGAGGUGAAGUCUGUUUACUCGAUAGUGUGUCAAAACCGGGACACGAUAAGAAAAUGGCCACGUUUGUCUCUCGCCUGCCUGUGGGCGUGCCAAGAUCUGAGUGUAAAGCUGCAGUCAGAUCCGCCAAGCAGAGAGGGACUGGAUCACGAAGAGGAACCGGUUGGGUGAAUCUCAGUGCUGAAGGCAGAGGAAGUGUCAGUGUCGGUGCUUUAUCUGUCAUUUCAUCCUGUUGUGUUGCUGGUCUCACUCAUGACUGUAGCCUUGACAACCGAGAUCCCUCUGAUGCCGCAAUGAAGCAUUUUCUUUUUUUUGAUAAUUUCCUGCCAAAUCCAUUACUGCAUGAUUUAUUCACUUUUUUUAACGCUUCAGUUUUCUUACUUCUCUUUUGUAUCAAGUUAAUUUUCCACUUAGGGCUCCGUGCCGAGAGAGAGAGAAACGGCAGAGGUGAGGGCGACGCUCAUUAAGAUUUAUAGCUGAGAAAUGAAGAAGAGGGCUUGUGCAGCUAAACGUGUCAGUGUUACUGUUGUUGUUAUUGCCACGUGUUUGUCGUUUUCUGCUUCUGGAGCAAAGCCUUGUCCAACCCAAACAGACGGGACGAAUCUGAACCACGCUAACGGGUCGCAACGACACACAACACGCCCGUUUCUUUGCUCUUGACCUCAUGUGGCUCAGGUUGUCGUUACGGUGUCCUGCAGACGUAUUUACACCCCUUGAACAUUUCUGAAUUUCAUUUUAUCGCGCUCUUAAACUACUAGGCAUUUUACUAGGAUUCCAUGUGAUGAACCAACACAAAUCAUUUUUUUAAUAAGUAAAAAACUCAAAAGUGUGGCGUACAGUUACAUUAACCCCCAGUCCAGUCAAACACACCACUGCAAAAACACAAAAUCUAAGUAUUUUUUGUCUAGUUUCUAAAGAAAAUAUCUUAGUACACUUGAAGUAAGAC